AUGCCAGGGCCAGGCUGCUCCAGCAAGAUGCUGGUGACAUUCGAGGACGUGACCGUGCACUUCUCCCCUGAGGAAUGGGCUGUGCUGGCUGGGUGGCAGCGGCAGCUCUACCGCGAGGUGAUGCUGGAGAACUACCAGGCAGUUUCCUCGCUGGGCUAUCUCACUGUCAAGCCAGAGAUCAUUGCCAAGCUGGAGCGACAGCUGAAGCCAUGUGCAGCAUCCCUGUCCCUGCCACGGCACCGGCGCCGAGCUCCUACACCAGCUGCUGGAGUCACCCACAUGCAGCCGGGGGUUCCUGGAGUGCUGCCGGCGCCCAGCACCUGGCUCCCAGCAGUGCCCGAGCACCGCAGGAGGCGUCAGCGGGGUCUGUCCAGGCUGAAGCCGCUCCCCACAUGCCCCGAGUGCAGCCAGAGCUUCCGGACCCGGGCGGCGCUGGAUGUCCAUGUACAGAGCCACUCGGGUGAGUGGCCCUUUGCCUGUACCCAGUGCACCCAGAGCUUCCCCUGUUCCGGCGACCUUGAGCAGCGCCAGAAGAGCCACGUCACCCAGAUGGACCCUGGUGCUGGCCCCCAGAGCCCCAGCGCCUGCGCUGAGUGUGGGAAGAGUUUCAGCAAGAGCCGGGAUCUCAGGCAGCACCAGCACAUGCACCGUGGCCACUGCUUCAGCCAGAAACGCCGCCUGGUCACCCACCAGCGCAUCCACAGUGGGAAGUGGCCCUUCUCUGCCGCAAGAGCUUCCACAGCAGGAACACCAGCACCAUCCACCACCACGGCCAUGCCAUCAAGAGGGUCCCACAGCGUGGUGGAUGCAGCAAGGACUGCAGCCAGGGGCAGCACCAGUGGGUGCACUGGUGCUGGCUGAUGGGACGUGGGGGUCCAUCUCUGAAGCCUUCCAUGUGGUGGCUGACAGAAGCUAUUCUGGGAUGUGGGGACCAGAUGCUGGAUGCUGGCUCACCAGAGCACCCACAGCAUCCCUGGCCUGUGAUCCUGCACCCCCCAGAACUGCUGCCAAGCAGCCCAUGUCAGCUUCACCAGAGCACCAUGUGUGAACAGAGAGCAAAUGGCAGCUCUUCCAUCAGAGACUGCCCUGAAGCAUCCACACUGGAUCCUCCUGGGAACCCU